AUGAUGGUUUGGUCGUUGUUGCUGUAUCUGGUGUCUGUUGUGGUUCCGCUGGUGAUUACACUUGAGACGUUGGCUGUGGUUGGUCGCCGCGAGAGCUCUGCUAGCUUAUCGACUCUUGUUUUGCAACUCAAGUACUGGUCGCUGUAUGGUAUGGUCUUUGGGUUGCUCCCAGGAGCUGUUGUCCGUGGUAUCUUGAACAACCUACCCUUUAGCGGAUUGUUGGCUGUGGUGGGCAGUAGUGUGCUCACCGCGGAGGUUGUGCGAGACUUCACGCUGUUUCUGCAGACCCAAGACGGGAAGUAUGUGUUCUUGAUGAGUAAGCUUAAUGAUCCAAGUGUUUCGUGGACUAAAUGGCUGCGUUACGCAGCCACUAGUAGUGACUCGGAUGAAGGUGUGUUUGUGUUUGGCGAAUUUACAAAGUUUUGGGUCUCAUUAGCCUGUAGGUCUCCGGAUACGCAUUAUCUGGAGAGUUGUUUUAAUGAGUUGCAAGAAAAAGUUGUAGGUUUGGCACGUUUGAUGGGCGGUUACUUACACUCGAGGGGUGCAGGCGCCCCUAGAGUGGAUCCCGUUAGGUUCUCUGAAGGCUAUGAUAUGCUUGAAGAUAUCUUGUUAGAUUCUAAGAAGGAUCAUGUUGAGUAG